AAGCUAGAAAACUAAAAAAAAAGAUCUUCUACACUUGAGACAAUUAAUCAUAAAUGAUCGAACAUGAAAAGAUUACCAGAUUCGAGACCAGGAAACGGAAAAUGCGGUGAUAACACCACUGAUAAUCUGGGCCCUAUUAAAGGGCCAAAUGAUCUUGGACGGCCGUCCAAACUACAGCCAAUAAAACCUAACAGAUCUACACGACUUCCACCGCUGAAGUCUCACCGACUUUCUGACAAACAAACCGCACAAUCAUCAGGUAUCGUGUCAACUCAGCCCUCAAAACUAGAGUUUCAGCAUCUUCAAACAGAACAGAUCCAUCCUUUAUUUAGUCGAGAAACAGCAAAACCUAAGCAGAGUGAUCCAGUUAAAACAUACAGACUCCCAAACAACGAGAUUACCAGCGACAGAAAUACUCCAGUAUCUAUUGACAGACCUAUAGUUAGUGACAUACAAACUGGAAAGCCAAACGAUGAACUCGCUAGUAAAAAUUCUAUUGUAAAACAUAAUGACAACAGGUAUUUGGUAGAGGUUAAGCCACGUCCACCACGUUUUCUUAAAAAUCCAACAACAAAAUUAAAACCCACAUGCCAAAUAAACCAAACAAGAGCUGAAAAAGGAGUUACAUGGCAGAAAGAGCGGGAAUUACUAAGAAAACAUAGAAAGCAACAGGCAGAGUGGAUGAAUAUUUCAACAAAGCCGGUUAAAGCUACAAAAACCUUUGACAGAUAUGGAAAAGAAUCGAAGAUGCAGUUUCCGGAAUUAGAAACAGCUGAUAAAAAUCCUAAAAUCAGUGAAAGACAGAACAUCGAUCUGUCUGUCCGCAGAAAAUGUGAUGACGAUGAGGAAUGGGACUGGGAUAAAGACAUCGAAGAGUACACGAAACUUGAGCAAAAAGAGAUAACCCGUCAGCAUCCAACUUCCGGAGCAUGCUCUCCGUCACAAAAUGGUGGGCACCGACAACAAACUGCUGUUAUUUUGAACUGUACUAAGAAAGGUGUGGGCUUUAAAUCAAAGAAGAGAAUAGAGGAAGAAAAGCAACAAGAACAAGCUAAUGUAGAAAAGGAACGAAAAGAGAAGGAACACAUUGAGAUGAUGAUCCCACAGAAAAUUAGGAAUAAUUUAAAGAAAUAUGGAUUUCGGUGAAGUAAUUACAUUCAAACGAUAACAUAUUGCCACUUUAGCGCAAACAUGAUCAGAAGUUUCUUAAACCAAUGAAGUUAACCAUUUUUGCGCUGAUGUGACCAUUUAAGUCAAAAUCUUGGUUACAUCAACGCGAAUUCAUGAACCAAUGAAAAUGUAAUUAAUUAAAAUUUGCACAUUUACAUGUACUGUGAAAUGUUCCUGCUAUUUAUAUCAUUAUUUUGAUAUUGCAAUAAGGGCGUAUCUCAGAUGGCCUAAAAGUUUACAUGCAAUAUGGUGUUAAGUUGACUUACCACUAUAUUGCAUGCAAAAAAGUAUCCAGUAGUUUGC